AUGAAUGUAUUUAAGCACCCCAACUUCAUCACAACUCCCUUCAGGUCAUUCUCAUCAGCUCCUUCUUCUUCUUCUAUAAUAUCAUAUACACUCGAUCGGUUAUCCAUCGUCGACGACUACUUAGUUCGUUUUCUUCUUCUCACAGUUCAUUGAGAGAAAAUGAAUAGGCCAGGAGACUGGAACUGCAGGUCGUGCCACCACCUCAACUUCCAGAGGCGUGAGACAUGCCAGCGCUGCGGCGACUCAAGGUCUAGUGCUGGAGACUGCUAUGGGAGUAUCGGCGGGAGGGGGAAUGGCUCCUCCUUCAGUUUCUCCACUGGUUCUGACGUCCGCCCGGGGGACUGGUACUGCAAUGCCGGGAACUGUGGGACUCACAACUUUGCCAGCCGCUCCAGCUGCUUCAAGUGUGGCGCAUUAAAGGACGACUCCGCUGGCGGAGGGUUCGACGGCGAACUGUCCCGCUCUAGAGGCUUCGGCUUCAGCAGUGGAGGAGGCAGCCGCUCGGGCUGGAAGUCUGGGGAUUGGAUCUGUAGCAGGCUGGGGUGCAACGAGCACAACUUCGCGAGCAGAAUGGAAUGCUUCAGGUGCAAUGCUCCAAGGGACACCACCACCCGACCUUAUUGAUCUGUGCUGUGCAACAUGCGAUUGAUCUUGCGAGCUUCUUAAUUUUGGAUUAUGCUGGACCACGACGAUGACGACCACGGAUAUAUGUUAUGAUCUAUGAAGAUGAGAGAUAGGAUGAAAACCUACCCCAGCACUUUAUUGGCUACUAUGUUUUUUUUUUUUUAAUGGGAAUUUCUAGUAAGUUCUUUUGUUGGCAUUUGGUGGGAAACCCAAAUUGUCACAAUAGGGGGCAAAACUUUGAGAUUUGUUCUAGCUAGCUAUAGGUUUCCCCAUAAGCUUAAAUUAUCAUUAUUACUAUUAUUAUUAAACAGUAAUGUAUUGAUUUUCCUCUCCUCCCCUUCAGCAGCCAAUAUUUGUUUCUUAGUUAAGUUGUUGAGUAGAGAUAUAUCGAGGUGUUGGUCUU